AGAAUAGAAUAGAAUAGAAUAGAAAAUAUGGAAUAGAAUAGAAUAGAAUAGAAUAGAAUAGAAAAUAUGGAAUGGAAUAGAAUAGAAUAGAAUAGAAUAGAAAAUAUGGAAUAGAAUAGAAUAGAAUAGAAUAGAAAAUAUGGAAUAGAAUAGAAUAGAAUAGAAUAGAAUAGAAUAGAAUAGAAUAUACGGAAUGGAUUGGAAUAGAGUAGAAUAGAAUAGAAUAGAAUAGAAUAGAAUAGAAUAGAAUAGAAUAGAAUAGAAUAGAAUAGAAUUCUUUAUUGGCCAAGUGUGAUUGGACACACCAGGAAUUUGUCUUUGGUGCAUAUGGUCUCAGUGUACAUAAAAAGGGAAGAUGCAUUCGUCAAGAGUCAUAAGUAUACAGGUCCUCAACGGAAGGCAGGUUGGUAGCAACUGUAUUUUCUGCGGUUCUAAUGAUCCUCUGAAGUCUGUGUCUGUCUUGCUGGGUUGCAGAACCGAACCAGACAGUUCUAGAGGUGCAGAUGACACACUCAGUCAUUCCUCUGUAGAACUGGAUCAGCAGCUCCUUGGGCAGCUUGAGCUUUCUGAGUUGGCUGAGAGAGGAGGAGGAGGAGGCCUGCCUCCCUCCCUUCCUCCCCACAUUUGUGGGGGAGGCGUGUUCAUUGCGUGGCACAUCAGCCCCCCUCCGGCUGGCAAGGAGGGGCUUCCUUCCCAAGCAAAGAAGCCUGCAGCCUUUCUCCCACCAGCUGGCUUCGCAAAGUGGGAGCCCCUCCUCGAAGUCUCCCCACCAUGUCUCUCCCACCCCUGCUGCUCCUUUUACUUUUCCUAACACCCCUGGAGGUUGGGAGCCACAAAGCAGAAGACGAUAAUUUAUUGGUCUUCACUGUGGCCACCAAAGAGACGGAAGGCUUCAAACGCUUCAGAAGUUCAGCCCAGGUUUUUAACUAUAAUCUCAAGGUUCUGGGACUAGGCGAAGAAUGGCAUGAGCGAGAGGGCCAGAGGACAGCAGGUGGACAGAAGAUCCGCCUUUUGAAAUCGGCUUUGGAAGCGUAUGCAGAUAAAGAAGAUUUGGUGGUCCUUUUCACUGAGAGCUACGACGUCAUCUUUGCUUCAGGGCCCGCAGAAAUCCUGAAAAAGUUCCAGCAGGCCAAGUCAAAAGUUGUCUUUUCGUCGGAGGCUCUCAUCUAUCCGGACCGGAGGUUGGAAGCCAAGUACCCGGUGGUCCAAGAAGGGAAAAGAUUCCUGGGAUCUGGAGGAUUCAUAGGUUAUGCUCCGUAUCUCAGCCAGCUUGUGGCCGACUGGCAAGGCCCGGACAGCGACAGCGACCAGCUGUUUUACACCAAGGUGUUCCUGGACCCUGAAAAGCGGAAGACCAUCAACAUCACUUUGGAUCAUAGGUGUCGGAUCUUCCAAAACCUUAACGGCGCUCUAGACGAAGUGGCUCUCAAAUUCGAAAACGGCCAGGUGAGAGUGCGGAAUCUGGCCUUCGAUACCCUCCCUGUUGUGAUUCAUGGAAACGGACCCACCAAGUUGCAGCUGAAUUACCUGGGGAACUACAUCCCUCGGUCCUGGACCUUUGAGACGGGCUGCACCGUUUGCAAAGAAGGCUUGAAGAAUCUCAGCGGCUUGAAAGAAGACUCCCUUCCUCUGAUCGUGAUUGGCGUCUUUAUUGAGCAGCCCACCCCUUUCCUCGACCAGUUCUUCAAAAGGCUCCAGCUUCUCCGCUAUCCGAAAAAGAAAAUCCACUUGUUCAUCCACAAUCACGAGGAACAUCACCUGUCUCAGGUGAGCUCCUUUGUGGACAAGCACGGCCAGGAGUAUCGCUCCCUGAAAGUGAUGGGGCCGGAGGAUAACCUGGAGAACGCCGAAGCUCGCAACUUGAGCAUGAAUCUGUGCAAGCGGAAUCCCGCGUGUGAAUAUUAUUUCAGCCUAGAUGCCGAGGUGGUGCUCAAGAACGUAGAAACCCUGCAGUUCCUGAUGGAGCAGAAUAAGUUUGUGAUCGCCCCUCUCGUGAGCCGCAUCGGGAAGUUGUGGUCGAACUUCUGGGGGGCCUUGAGUCCCGAUGGCUAUUAUGCCCGCUCAGAGGAUUAUAGGGACAUUGUCCAAAGGCGGAGGAUUGGCCUCUGGAAUGUCCCAUACAUUUCUAGCGUCUACCUGAUGAAGGGCAGCGUCCUGAGGUCGCAAUUCGCCCAGCUGGACCUUUUCCAUAGCGGCAAACAAGACGCCGAUAUGGCUCUGUGCCAUAACAUUCGUGAGCAGGGGGUGUUCAUGUUCUUGACAAACCAGCAGCCGUUCGGGCACAUCCUGUCCUUGGAGAAUUAUCAGACGAGCCACCUGCAUAACGAUCUCUGGCAAAUCUUCAGCAACCCGGAGGACUGGAAUGAGAAAUACAUUCACCCAAACUACACGGACGCCUUAAAAGGGAAAUUGGUAGAAACGCCCUGCCCAGAUGUCUACUGGUUCCCCUUAUUCACCGAUACGGCUUGCGACGAGCUGGUUGAAGAGAUGGAACACUUUGGCCAGUGGUCCAAGGGAGGCAACAAGGACCAGAGGAUUUUAGGGGGCUACGAGAACGUCCCGACCAUUGACAUCCACAUGAACCAGGUCAACUUCGAGCGAGAAUGGUACAGAUUCCUCCUGGAUUACAUCGCGCCCAUCACUGAGAAAUUCUACCCAGGCUAUUAUACCCAGACCCAGUUUGAGCUCGCCUUUGUCGUCCGGUACAAACCGGACGAGCAGCCGUCCCUGAUGCCGCAUCAUGAUGCUUCCACGUUUACCAUCAACAUCGCCUUGAAUCGCGUCGGGAUCGAUUAUGAAGGCGGGGGCUGCCGCUUCAUCCGUUACAACUGCUCCAUCCAAGCCCCCCGGAAGGGGUGGACCCUCCUGCACCCGGGCCGCCUGACGCAUUACCACGAGGGCCUCCCCACCACCAAAGGGACUCGCUACAUCGCCGUCUCCUUCCUCGAUCCCUAGAGCGGCCACCAGGAAGAAAUGGGUUUUGCCAACCCAUUUCAAACCCUCUCCCAUUGGCUGCACAUUCCUCCCCAGGAAGGAGUGGGGGGCGGGGGACUUCCAGAACAGAUAAUUUGAUUGGACACCGCUUGGUUGCAAGAGAGAUUGCCUAGCCCAGGGGUCAGCAACCCGCGGCUCUGGAGCCGCAUGUGGCUCCGGAGCCCCUCUGCUGCGGCUCCCUGUCACUCAAAAUAUGCGUCACAACCGCCAAUGUGCGACACCCGCCGGCACGUGAUUUAUCGAGCUUUUGAACCCCUGGUAGGCCAGGCAUGGAUAAAUCCAAGAAAAGAAAAAAAAGUUUCAGAAGAAAACAGAAUACUUAAUGCUAGUGUUUUUGGGCCGCUCAAGAAAUAAGUCAGGCACGGGAAGGGUUUUGUGGCUCCCGGUGUUUUCUUUUCUGUGGGAAACGGGUCCAAAUGGUUCUUUUGAGUGUUUAAGUUUGCAGGCCCCUGGCCUAGAUUUAGUAGGAUCCCUUGAGGAUCCCUCUGGUUCCACGGGAUUCUGUCCAACCCCAGCCAGCCAGAGCCGCCUGACCCUCUGCCCACCUUCUUUCUCCCUGCCUCCUCAUGGGAAGAAGACCUCAGUUUUCCCCAUUUUUCCUUCCAAUGGAGGUGGCCGAGGCGUGUCAGAACCACACAGAAUUUCCCCUUCUGACGGAGUAGAGCCUCUUCAAACCCUGGCUGGAAUUUUUACACGGCACACGGGGGUCGGUUGCUACAAAAGACUUGGAAAUAGGAUCCCUGUUCUGACGCAGCUCCCCAAACACGACAAACCCUCUGAAGUGAACUCAAAAGAUUCCUUUCUUAGGAGCGCCGGCAAAAAUUUCUCUCUCACCGCAGGCUAACAAGUCUGGCUGGCUGGGAGAUGAAUAAGUUGUCUGCCACAUCUAUUCAUCUCCGCCCCCUGCAUUUUAUCCCUAGAGCUAGGGUGGGGCUUCGCUAGCAGUGGUGGCUCUUCCGUCCCGAGGACCGGCUCAUAGAUUUCCACUGUUCUCCUCUCCUCUGCCUUCUGCGCAUCAGGCACUGGACCCAGCUGUUCCUCCUCUUUCUCAGCAGCCUCCUCCAGACCCCGGGGGCUGUUGACUCUCCAUCUGGGGGUUGACAGACGGCCCAGGCUCCGCCGCUGUCUCUCUUCCCCUUCGGAGCUCUCAGGUUGCCUUGAGACUGAUCCUGACUCCCACACCUCCUCCUCCUCCUCUGAUUCGGCUGCUAGAGGAGCCGGAGGCUGACACGCCACAAGACUCCCUCAGGAAGAAAAUGAAGGAAGACAAUGAAGGAAAUUCAUCGCAUCCCUGGUUCAUCCUAGCUUUAUAUUUCUCGGGAAGCUGGGCAAGAGGAGAAAAAGCAAAACGCUCGGAAAUGUUUUCAGGAACGCCAAAGGCGCCUCGGAUCCCGAUGCCAGAGCAGAGCGCAAUUCUACCCGUGUAUUUAUUUAAAAGUCAAAUUCCCCCCUCUUUUUUUUUUUUUUUUCCUUUCAGGUGCCCGCUUCUUCUGCACAAGUUGUACAGAUUUUGCUAGGAGAUUUUUUUUUUUUUUUACGUUAAACGUU